GUCGCGACGACAUCGCAAUUUGUUGUUUUCCGCAGCAGCUGAUUGGGAAUUUUCCGGGUGAAGUUUUUUUUGUGGUUGCUUGGAUUUUGGAAGGACACUAUUUUAGGAGUGCAGUAAUUGUGACACAAUUUUGGACCCACCAGAGAACGUUGUUGCAUAAUCAGUUGGAGCUCGACAGGGGACUCAACACAAGAACCAUUCAUUCGAAAACCAUUGGAAAGGAUUAAAGUGUCGUACUUGAUUAAAAAUUAACCGUGCUUACCCAAUGGAUUAAAUGAGCCAAACAGCGAACCGCGCAAAGUCUCGGUUGCAGAACCAUCAUCAUUGGGAGGAAAAUCGCAGCAAUUAAUUUUGUUGCAAAUAGCCGGAAGGACCAAAACCACCCUCUAAGGCGGAUUUCGAUGCUGUAAAAAGAUUCCCGCCCCAUUGUUUUUGGGAGGGUGUAUUCGAUUUUCCUCGAUCGGAACCAGAGGGUUGCGCUCCCUCAUAAAGUCUUGCCCAUCAUUUAAGAGUCGAAAUCGUUAAAGUAUGCAGAAGAGAAAGUGUGGGAAGCAAUAAAAUGCAUUUGCGAAGGAUGGAAGACAACAGUGGCGGAUUGUUAGGGUGGGAAAAUUUCGGUGGGUGAUUUCGAAGCCAUUCGUUCUGAGUUGAAAAAAAAAAACAAACUGGUGCAAUUUAUCGAUAGGGGGACGGAAUUCAAACAAAAAACACCAAAGGCAUUGUUUCAACUGAAAAUUGUGCGAGGGCGGAAGUGAUGUUUACCUCCCUCUCUUGUGUUUUUUGUGAAUGUUCUCCAUGCACUGUUCCGGCUUCAUUCGUUUUAAAGUGAACUAGCUGGAAAAUUGCAUACUGUGCUGCGAUAAGCAACCGGUGAAGGUGCCUGCAUUAUUGAUAGCAUAUUGGGAAUGUGUCCUUUCAGUGGUGCAGAGUUUGCAUGUAUGAUUAAUGGAUAUAUGGAAACGGUAAAUUAUUGAUCAUCAUUGACCUGCUGCAGUUGAUGAAAACUGCCAAACUCUGGGAAAAAGUGAUUACUCGAACUCCAUCAAAUGAUGGGAAUAGCAAAAAGGUUCCUCCCUACAACAGCUACAGCAAUAAUAGCAUCAUCGGACGGUGAAAUUCCUUUGGCUAAAUUGUUUCUCAGCCCCCCUUCUUUGCCGUCAUCCAAUCAUCGUUCAUCUCAGGCGGCUCCAGCUCCAGGACAGAAUGAGGAUGAGGUCGUCAGGCAGGACAUCCAGGAUGAGUAAGGGGAAAGGGAAAAUGAUGACCCAGUCGUGGCCUACUUGUAGCCGGAAAUUUGUGCCCAGUAAAUCAUUUUCGGUGGGAGGACAAUGAGGUUUAUUUCAGUGCCGACUAUGAACUGGACUGGAUAUUCAUUCAUCAUGGCCGACUGCGAGAGGGGAAAUUAAACAAGGAAAGCAAAGGAAAUAAAGGUAUUUCUCGUUUGUGUGUGAUCUGUGCGUAAUGUGAAGCGGAAAAUCUUGAAGAUUGCAAAGAGAAGGGAGAUAUUUUCUGCUUACAAACUCGAAUCGAGUGAAAAAAUAUUCAGGAUAGACAAAAAGGACACCCAUAUCGUGAAGAAAACAAUUUCAGUAAAUGGAAACAUCGAUUUCAUUUUUCUACCCACAGAAAGCUUAUAGUUUAAACCGAAAAAAAGGAAAACCAAGUGAAAACGAAAAAAGGUUUUCAUCUGAGAUUUUUCUGGUGUACCCAAAUUGUUCCCGAAGUGUGGGUGAGUGAAAUCACAAAGCUGGCUUUCCUUGGUGGGCCGAAAAAUGUUCGGAUCCAAACUGCGAUCAUGGAUGGAAAAUCAUAUCGUACGGCCAAGAAAAAAGGGAAAUAAGAACAAAAAUGGCUCCGGAAACGGCUCCAGCAACAGCAAUUUUGGUAUACUGACUGCGACAAAUGGACAUCCGAAGGUUGGAGGAUCAUCAACGGGAGUUGAAGGAAACGCUACUAUUGGAAGCCCCGCGAGACGCUGCGAAGUUUCACCGAUUCAGUAUCAUACCGCCAGCCGACGGGGCUGGCAAUCACCUAGCCAGGAUCAUGCGCCUCCACUUUCUCCGAAAUCCGACGACUAUCGACACUACCAGCUGCAGAACCAUUGCAUCCGCAGUCCUCCGCCCUCGUUGCAUCACUUCGCGGCAACUAACUCUGGACCGUCAUCUGUAGGUUCGGUGCCUAUUUACGGCAAUGGUACUUUGCCAACGUCCUCGUCGUCGACAGCUGCUGGAGUUCCGCAUCCACACAAAUCGGGAAACCAUUACGGCAACGGUCGUGUGAUUGCUCCUGCAGAUCAUCACCAGCAACAGUAUCAUCAGCAUCAACAGCAGCACCAGCAGCAGCAGCAUCUGUAUGGGAUUUCGUCUCCACGGAGCAUUUCCAGGCACGAGUUUGACACUUUGGAUUCGUCCUCAUUGAACGGUGCCAACUAUUCGAAAAGUGUUGAUUGCAGCUAUUCAGGCGAAAGGAUGUACAGUUUGAAGGAAGAUUGCUACCGGAAGUCGUCUUCUUCGGGAGGAGCCGGUGGAGUUCCGGGUCACGAUAACGGCGUGAUGGCCAAUAAUUCGCUCCACUAUUCCACUGCCACCAGUUCCAGUAAUGAACUGCUGGAAGAUUUGAGGCAUUUUGAGCAGGAAGGGCGCAUCCGGCAGAACGGACAGCACAUAAAAAUCAGCUCCAGCUCAUCGUCGUCGAUAAAUUCGAACAACAACCUGGUCAAUAAUAACAACAUUAUGGGAGGUGGCUACAUGAAUGGUAAUGGCUAUGAGGCACAGCAGCGUGCUAUUUGCGAAAGUAAGUACGGUAAACUGCAAACCGGUGGCGCUGGCAAACAACAGAUUUCACAGCAAUUUGAAAGUGUCGCUUAUUACGAACGGCACAACAGUAUCAAUAACAAUUUGAUGUUUGGUGUGAACCAAAAACUUCCCCCGCAGCCCGGUCAGUUGAGUCCGGCACUCGGAGAAGGUGCCAGCUCGAUAAAAGAGGCCAAAGGUAAACGGCACCAAAACAACAAUAACAAUAAUAACAAUGGUUACGAAAUUUGUCCCAUCAACACCGGCCACGGCCAUGGGUCCUGCACCAAAAGCGGAAGUUCGAACCAACAGCAACCCACUUCGGCAUUAUCGAGCUUUGCAAACAAAUUCCACAAAUUGACUGGCGGCAGUCGAAGUUCGUCCGAUGCAACAAAUUCAAAUAAUGGCUCCAGCAAACUAAAUCACGUGAACAACAACAACAGCAAUGGCCAUAACAAUAACGCUGGUGCACCAUCUGCCACCCUACAACAGCCCCAUCAGCAGCCGAAAUUCGGUACGCAACAGCAGCAGCAGCAGCACCUUCAUCAUCACCAUGGCCACUCGCAUACUUCCCACCAUCUGGCUCCGACGACCCAGACCCAAAGUGGUCCAAAUGGAGCUGGAGGGGCCAACGGCCAUCACAACACUCUGUCCUCACCGGAAAGUGCUUAUUCAACGGGAUAUUCGACCGACGGAACAUCACCGGGUGGCUGUUCGUACACCCCGGAGUAUUACAUCAACAUUCGCACCGGGACCCAUUACUUCCCGAAAGGUCUAACCAGUGCUGCUGGUGGUGGUGGUUCUGGUGCUGGUUCCGGUUGUAUCGGAAGUGGAGCAGGAGGGCCCGAAAAUGGCAAUAAAUUCAAGUGCGGACUCAAUCGAAUCGAGGAACGACACGUCGAGUUUGCGGUGGAAGAAAAGCCCUGUGCAUCGCCGAGAAGAUGUUCCGGGGAGUCUUUCUCCGAAAUUGGUCCCACGACCAGAGGACCUAUUUCUUCGAGCGCAAAGUCUUCGUUGUCGUCAUCUUCCGCACUCAAGAAUAGUGGUAGCUGCAGCAGCAACAACAACAACAAUAAUUCAUGCACCGCUGUUUGCAAUGGCGGUUUAUCACAACAGCACCAUCAACAGCAGCACCUCCAGCAACAGCAUCCGUCCUCGGCCGGAGUGACAAAUGCAGUUGCCAUGAGCCCGGUCAUGCAGAAGAAUCUUGGGAUGCAGCACUACCGGAGUAUUGAAUCCCCCUCGCCUCGACAACGUUGUCGCAUCCGAACAAAUCCCUGGCUCACAACCUUGGAUGGCUCUAUGACAAACGGUUCUACCCACAAAAGCAAGGACCAGGAUUCCGGAUCGACCUCAUCUGGCAUUAAGUCAAGCAGUGGCACCGACGACAAUAAGAAGGAUUCAAAAAAACUCAAUGCCCUAUCCGACAGCGAUUCCAGUUCCUCAACGGAGAAGGUAGUCAGCAAAAAGCUACUCACUCCGAGGGGAUCCAAAAAGAUGAUUGGCCUAAGCGAUGUUUCCCGGCUGGACAGCAAGGCAACAACCUUUUGCUCGAACCUGGAUAGUGACGAAGACGCCACGCUGAACGAGAUGAUGGGAAAGUUUGACGAAAGUUACCACUAUGAGAAAGAGACUGAUAUACUGAGUUGUAGCGACUCGGAUCCUACGGAUUGUCCAUCGGACAUUGACACUGGUCAGGAUGCAGGGGAUGAAUGCGACACUGACGACCUGCUCGAUUUGGACUUCAUCGACACGGGAUCGGUACAGGAAGUCAUCGAUAAAGAAAACUACAAACAUACCGGCAGUUGUUCCUAUCAUAACUUCCCCGAGCGACGUUCCUCUUCACGGCACAAAAGUCGAAGUAAACGUAACAGUGAAAGCGGAGGUUCUAAGAGACGCAAAAAAUUGGUCAGAACUAGGAAGAAGACCGCUGAUGGUGGGAAUGGAAUGUCGGCGAGUGGAAGUUUAAGCAUAAGUCGAGGUUGUCGAAGUCUUGGCGGAACUCCUAUGACAUCCAGAAGAAACCAAUCGGAAGAGAGGACACCAACAAAUAGCUCUCCGUUGGGUAAUCGAUGUAAUUCGUUGACAUUCACUGAGCUACAUUCUUUGCAAAGUCGAUACUUAGCGAUAUCUGAAAGUGAGAAAGCGCUUUUGAAAGCUGAUCUGGAGGCAGAUGUCAAAUACAAACAGUUGAUUCAUGAAGCAGAGUCAAUAUUGUUUUCUAUGAAAACAAACAGCACCAAAGAGUUGAGAGAUGUCAAGGAACCACCUGCCGCAAUCUGUAGUCCGAGAAGAAUUUGCAAUCCUCCUGCUAACAAACGUGUUGAAAUGCUUCGUAAUUGUGAAGCAGAUCUUAAACGGGAGUUGGCUAAGACUUGUUCGCAGAAGUGCUCUGAAAACGGCAUCGAUCUGAACCCAAUUGAGGGUGUUAUUGUAAACAAACGUCUCGAGGUAAUCCGUUACGAGACAUCUAUCUCUGCUCCGAACAGCCCGAAAAAUACACGAGUAAUUCCUCGUAAGACCCACGUAACUAAUUUCAUCAGCCAGAAUCACUGUCCCGAAAUUGGAAAGCGCCAAUGUGACCAUGAAAACGACCUCAAGAGUGCCAAAACAUCUUCACAAUCUGUGGCCUACGAUCGAAACAUUGUUCCUCCCAGAUCCCCCGUCAUUGUUAGAAGAAGAUUCCGCAGUCAGAGUCCCAAACAAGAUCUGGUAUCUGAUUCGGACUCGGACGAUCUAAGCCGAAACCUGGACAAAAACCACUGCAAGAACAAAUCCAACAAAGAGAACGUCUCGAACCGGAAGAGUAUUACAGGGAAACAGUUGAACAACUUCCGGCACACGAUACAUGCUCCAUCGGGAACUAAUUCCGGGGUCGAUGACCCCAGGGCUGUUGUCUAUUCGGGUUCACUGAACGAGAGUGAGCUGAAACAGCGCAGCAUGCACAAAAGUCCGCUAAUGUCGUUCCGAUCCGUGGAUAUCGGGAACAAGUUGACCGAGGACAGUUACUGUCCACAGAGUGAACCCCUGAAGCGGAAAAUCUAUACGUGCAGUUCGACGUUCGAGAAAAUUCAGCGAAGUUUGGAUGCAGAUCCAGAACUCUCGAAAAAAGCUCUCCUUCAUCGAAUCUCUCUGCUCCGUCGUGAGCGGCAAGCAAAGUCAAAGCUCGAAAGCUCUUGCUCUGUCGAUAAUUCGGGACACGAACCAGCCGUAGCUGCCGGUCGAACUCAAACGCCGCUAGCCGACAGGGGAAGCUCGGAGCAGAUUCAGCAAACGCUUGCAGCAAACGGUUCACUGGACGCGGAAACGGCCAAGCAACGACUUAUUAUGAGCACGCUGGCCGAUAUCAAGCGAAGUCUAGAGGAUCAGAGCGUCGAGUUGAAUGAGCUCAACGAUUCCGACAAUUAGAUUGGUGCAGGUUUGUAAUUAUAGGUGACAAAAUAACGCAUAAUACUCGAUAUGGUUCAGAGUCUA